GGCGGGCCCGACCUUCGCGGCGGGCAGAGGUGUCGGCGGCGCGGUGAGGCGGCUCCGGUGGCGGCCAAGGCGGGUGCCAUCGUCUUGCGGGCCGUCCGCGUCCGCCGCCGCCGGAGACAGAGCCAGGAUGUUCGGGAUGCUGAGCAGCAGCUUUGAGGAUGACCCCUUCUUCUCUGAUUCUUUUAUUGCACAACGAGAAAGUAUGCGACAGAUGAUGAGAAGUUUUUCUGAGCCUUUUGGAAGAGACUUGCUCAGCAUCUCUGAUGGUAGAGGAAGAGCUCUUAAUCACAUGGGACGUGAUGACGGUGAAGAUUCCUUGACUGCAAUGAGUUCUCUUGUGCCUUUUGGCAGUUUUGGUGGUAUGCAUACAGGUGUCAACCCUUUCCAGGCAAUGGACCGAAUGAUGUUAAAUAUGAGAAACAGUAUGCAAGAAGUACAAAGAAACUUUGGUCACCUUUCCAUGGAUCCAAAUGGACAUUCAUUUAGUUCUUCCUCAGUUAUGACUUAUUCCAAAGUGGGAGAUGAACCAGCAAAGGUUUUCCAGGCCUCGACUCAAACUCGGAGGGCUCCAGGAGGAAUAAAGGAAACUAGGAGAGCACUGAGAGAUUCUGACAGUGGACUAGAAAAAAUGGCCGUUGGUCAUCAUCUCCGUGACAGAGCUCACGUCAUUAAAAAGUCAAAGAACAACAAGACUGGAGAUGAAGAGGUCAAUCAAGAAUUUAUCAAUAUGAAUGAAAGUGAUGCUCACGCAUUUGAUGAUGAGUGGCAAAAUGAGAUUUUGAAGUACAAACCAGGGGGACAAUGGCGCAAUCUAGAAAACACUAGGAUGCGCAGUGUUGGUCAUGAGAAUUCAAGAUCCCGAGAGCUUAAAAGAAGGGAGAAACCUCAUCAAAGUCCAGCCAUUGAACAUGGAAGAGGAUCCACUGUCUUUGUGGACAAGCUUAACAUCAAAGGCUCACCUGUGAAAAUCAACAAAAAAUAAAUAGCUGUGCAUGUCAUUCUAGUUUUGGUUGUUUUAAGAGAGAAAGUGAUGGUGCUGGGUAAUACACAGAAGACCAAUCUCUUGUUGUUAAAUCAGUACUGUACUUAGCAGCUUUCUUCUGAUUAUCUGAAUGUUCUUGCAAGUGUAGCUUUAUACUGUUCCUACUUUAGGAAUAAAACUGAUUUUCAACAAUGCAAAUAAGUUGUUAUUCUGUAAAACUCUUUGCUUUGAAACAUACUAAUUUUUAAAGCACGCGUGCUGAUUUUGCUUUCCACGUUAUUUUCCUCUCGGCUGUGUGUCUUUUAGAUAUUCAAGAUUGAAUGCAGAGCUAGUUCUGUUAUAUAUAAUUAGUUAUACGAAAGUAAAAUGUUAAAAAAGUCUCUUUUCACUAACAGUAUACUAGAGUGAUGUGAGUAAAGAUUAAAAUUAUUUCCCUCAAAUUCUUUAAGGUGUUUUGUAGCCAGCUAGCUUAAAGAUUUUUUUUUAAAAUAAAGCAAAAUUAUACUAGU